AACAUAACAUACAUAGGGAUUUGGAAUUCUGGAACAAGCAGAUAUGCUUCAAGGGGAACACAGCUUGGACCCUAUCUACAUUAUAUACGGGGAAAAUGUAAGGAUCAAGAUUGGAAAAGAAAAAGUGCAUAAAUAGCCAUAUUCUGCCUUUCGACAGAAGGAUUUCUCUUGGUAUCUAGCAAUACCAGAAAAUAAGAAUUUUCAACGACGACAUCAGAUGGAGCAUCCACGUCAAUGAUAAAGUGAGCUGUGAAGCUUAAAUAUGACUUUAAAGACUUCAACCCCAGGGGUGCUAUUAAUUAGGCGACGUUUGAUCUGAUGCUGAGCUAGAAUUAAAUUCAAAGUACUUAACACAACGCAUUCCCACGAUAGAUAUCGACAGUUUAAAAACAAUACGUUAUGCUCAAACGCAAACGCUUAUCAGUUCGUCCAUCUUGAAACACAACCAAACCUCACACAAAACAUUUACAAAACGGAAGGCAUUACUCUAAGGAAUAUGAACUUUAUUUUUAAAAUAAAGAAGGAAAUUUUCGCCAUAACGUUCAGCAUAAUUUAGGCAAUAAUAACAGUGGUUACAUUGCUUGAAGCUUUUUCGAGAAUAUUGAAACAAUAAAUCGAUGCAAGUCAUUGUGAAAGAUGAAAAGUAAUCAUUAUGUCCUUCCGUAAUAUUUUCAGUGAGCUUUUCGUGUUGUAUUCCUCCAUGGUCUUUUAUAGUUUCGCAUAUUAUUCGAAGAAGGAUGGAUUUUGUACUGGGAAGCAGCUUACUCUUCUUCCUCAGAAGAUAUACUCAAUCUGUGGUACCUAUGUUUCAAAAAAGGAUGCAAUGAAACCACCUACUGUGAAAGUGGAGAGAGUUCCAAAACAUGAAGAAAAAAAAUAUAUCUUGAUUAUGAUCAGUCCAGAUAGAAUUCCAGAUUCUAAGUGGGUCUGGUUACAUUGGAUGAAGACAGGAAUCUCAUCCAAGAAGUUUCAAGGUAUAACAACAGAAAAAUCAGAUGAUGUAGGCUACAAAGUCCCUAAGCAGACCUCAGGGGUCUAUCGAAUACAAUUUUUGCUGUAUGAGCAGAUAUAUUAUCCUGCCGUCAUGGAACUGCACUCCAGAUCGGAUGAAGCACGAGUGUUUAAAAUGGUUCAAUUUGAGAAUGAAAACCACCUGGAACCAAUAAUGAAUUACCAAUAUAUACUGUUUGCCAAUGACACAGCACCGACCAGUCUGAAGAACUGGGGGAAGGAUUGUCUGAUCAAUAUGGUUGUAAUGUAUCUGGGAACACUAUUUCCCUGAUUAGAAUGCUUCACAACAACAAAAUAAAGGUGACAACAAUAACAACAG